AUGAUAUCUUUUAUUUUAGUUAAAAAUAUUAUAUUUAUAUUUUUUGUUUGGAUAUAUUAUUAUUUCUGUGAUGCGCAUAACUUUGGUCAAAUUUUAGGUAUGAAAACUAUUCAAAAUAUAUCAUUAUAUUCAAGAACUUAUAGAUUAUUAUCAAAAUUUAACAAUGAAAAAAUAAAGAUUUCAUUAGAACGUAGCUUACAUAGAAAUGGAUAUAACGAUAUAAAAAAAAAAAAGAAAAAUUGUCAAUUAAAAAAUUAUGGUAAUAAUGCUGGAUCGAAAUACGAUGGAAAGAGCAGUACUAAAAAUAAAAGUAAUACAGGAUUUGAGGAAAAAAAAUUACUGAGGAAGUGCAUAUAUGUAUUAAGUAAACCAUUUGUAGAAAUAGAUAAAAUAUUUGAAAAAUUAAUUUAUAAAGGAUUUAUUGCAAUAUAUGAAUAUAGGAAAUGUACAGAUUCUAUCCAAAAAAAGAAUUUGAAAUUUUCAGCAUGUAAAAGUGCGGUUUUAACUUUUGCUAUACCGUCAAUAAUUUUUUUUACGGUACUUUCAUUACUUUUGUUAGUUAGUCCUCCGCUAGGUACAUUAGUACUGGGGGAAAAUAGUAAAGGUUUUCAAGAAUUUAUGACAAAAUCUGGAAUGCAAGCUUUUUUAUUGUCGUUAUUUAUAUUAAGUAUCACCAUGGUAAUUUAUAUACUGGUAAAAUUUAUAAAUUAUGUAAUAGAAGGAGGGGGAGAUGAAAUAAACAACUAG